AUGGCUCCUUCUUCCUACAUUGCUGCUGCUGCAGACACAAACCAACAACAUGCUCCUCAAAAAUCGCUUAAAUACAUCUCUGGUUAUGACAACGAAGGCACUGCUAUUGAACAACAAAAGCGUAAAGCAAUGGGCUUAACAGGUCUGUUACCCUCUGGUAUUGAAACCAUGGAUAUCCAAAGACGUCGUGCGUUACAGCAAGUCAGAUCGAAAUCCACCAUGCUCGAAAAAUACAUCUUCUUGGCUCAAUUGAGAUCCUCCAACACUCGUCUGUUUUACAAGAUUAUCAUGGACGAUUUACAAGAGUUUGCUCCUGUUAUCUAUACCCCUACUGUCGGUACUGCCUGCGUCGAGUACUCCAACAUUUACCCCUUUUUGGCUGGUCCCGGUGUCCCUGAUGGUUUGUACAUUGACUCUACCGACCUUAAGAACCUCAAAGAGACUAUUGCCAACUACAAGCCUGUGCCCAACUUUUCCCCUGAAAUUGCUGUUAUUACUGACGGUUCUCGUAUCCUGGGUUUGGGAGAUUUAGGCAGCAACGGCAUUGGUAUUAGUAUUGGUAAAUUGCAAUUGUACGUCGCUGGUGCUGGUAUUGAUCCUCGUCGCACAUUGCCUAUUGUCUUGGAUUUGGGCACCAACAACGAGAAAUUGCGCAACGAUGAUUUCUACCUCGGUCUCCGUAAGCCUCGCCCUGCCGAAGACGAGUUCUACGCCACUGUCGAUACUGUACUCAGCACCAUCCACGAUGUGUAUCCCAACUUGCUCAUUCAAUUUGAAGAUUGGUCCAGUGAACAUGCGUUUGGUCUGCUGGAAAAGUACCAAGAGAAGCUGGUGUGUUUCAAUGACGAUAUCCAAGGCACUGGUGCAGUCAUUUUAUCUGGAGUCAUUAAUGCUAUCCGCAAGGUACAAAAGGAGGAUGGUGUGUUACCUAAAGAUCAUCGCAUUGUCUUUUAUGGUGCUGGUUCUGCUGCUAUUGGUGUCGCACGUCAAAUCCAAGAAUACUUCCAGUCUGAGUUUGGCAUGUCUGAAGAAGAAGCCAGACGUGUAUUUUGGAUUGUGGAUUCCAAGGGUCUUGUAACUCUGAACCGUGGUGACAGAUUGGCUCAACACAAAAUCUAUUUCGCCCGCGAUGAUAAUCAAGAUCAGCAAUACAAGGAGUUGAUUGACAUUGUCAACUAUGUUAAGCCCACUGCCUUAAUUGGUUUAUCCUCAACACCUGGCGCAUUCAACACACAAGUCCUCAAUCGUCUUGCGUCUAUCAACAAACAACCCAUCGUAUUCCCCUUAUCGAAUCCUGCUACACAGGCUGAAUGCUCAUUUGCAAAGGCCAUGGAGGCUACAGAGAACCGAGUUAUCUUUGCAUCAGGCACAGCAUUCCCCAGCUACACAGUUCAAUCCACUGGCGAGGUGCGUAUUCCUGGUCAAGGCAACAACAUGUACAUUUUCCCUGGAUUGGGUUUCGCAGGUGUGCUGGCUAAGCCUACCAUGAUCUCUGACGGCAUGAUCUACAGCGCUUCCAAGGCACUGGCUGAUUCGCUCACAAGCGAGGAACUACGUCAAGGCUGGCUGUAUCCUUCUCUGAUCCGUAUUCGUCAAGUAUCUGCCAUUGUUGCCGCUGCUGUGAUUGAGCAAUCUAUCAAGGAGGGUCUUUGUCAAAGAGAGCAAGAGCUCAAGCCAUUGAGCCACAAGGAGCUCCUGGAUUACGUUACAAGUGAAAUGUGGACACCCACACAAGAAGGAUACGGAUCUCUGCCAUCAUCUAUUUAG